CUUUCACAUACCGCAUAUCUCUCCACGAACUGACAGCUGCCGGAAUCCAUCUCCCGCUAUCGGCCGACAUCCUCCUCCUAAUCUCAACGCACAGAGAUUCCCAUCUUGAAAAUGGUUGCUGACGCCCUGGUCUAUCACCCUGCUGUGGCGCAUUAUCUGCGCUUUGUUGCGACGACUGUUGGUCGCGAUAAGAUCCUCCGCACCCUGCAAUACUUCUCUCGUUUCUAUGCUUGGUACUUGUACCGCACCAACCGCCCGCAGUCUGCCAUCGAUCCCUAUAAUGCUAUCAAGAAGCAGUUCGGAACCACGCGUAAGAUCCUCAGAAUCGGAAAGUUUGUUGAACACUUGAAGGCUGCCGCGCUGGCCUCCGACAACAAGAACCCGAUCGACCCAGUACUCCGCUACCUUGCUGUUGGUCGGCAGCUUGGUUAUGCUGGGUACUUGUCUCUUGAUACCAUCACGGUUGUGGACGCGAUUGGUGUGCGCAAACUUGCUUCCGUGAAACGACUGCAGGACUCGGCCUAUCGCUCGUGGAUGGCAGGACUGGCGUGCAGCGCUGUUGCUGGUUUGUAUACCCUCUUCCGGCUGAGGGAAAAGGCGAAGACCCUUGAUCUUAAGGAGGGUGAGGGUGUUGUGGAGGCGAAGAAGCUUGAAAAGGAACGCUCCACGGCUCGUAUUCAGCUGAUCUCCGACCUGUGCGACUUGACUGUUCCUGUGUCUGCUCUUGGUCUUGCUGCACUUGAUGAUGGUCUCGUUGGUAUUGCAGGAACGGUCAGCAGUUUGAUUGGUGUCUGGUCGCAAUGGCGAAAGACUGCUUAGACAACGGAUGCUAAGUUCUCCCCGCAAAGGCUUCAAGUAAGCGUGGAAUUUGAGGUUAGCCGCUCAACAUCACCGAAUCGUCUUCCCUCUUCCAAGUUUACUUGUCACCGAAAACGCGUGCUGAGUAAAGGCGUGAAGCCAGGGAGAUUUAUUAUUCAUCUUCGAACAUAGGAAAGCCUGGGUUUUGUGCACUGGAGUAUUCCCAGUUGAGAUUCUGCCCUGCAACGCAGGCUUCUGUUAUUACCAUAUGUGUAGCCUAAGAUUUAUCCCCCUUUCUUGCGGUCAAAUGAAGCUUUGAACCGUGAAGCCACAAGAGUCCUCCGAUUCUGCGAUUCUGCGAUUCUGCGAUCGAAAGAGAUCGUGUACAUAUUGUCCUUUCCUGUUUAAUGUGUAUAUAUUAUAAAUAUCCCGACUUGUCAUUGGAUC